CGAAAUUAGUAUCAAAACAAACGAAGAGACAGGCAGCAGAGGCAGUGAUGCUUGGUCUCCCGGGGCGCUGAGAUUCACACACCCACUUCUACACCAGGCCAAUACCCUUAUCCACCUACACCACACCCACCUACACUCUCUACACCCAGUUUUAAAGGUGGAGUGUGGCGUCGGCGGUUCCUGGGGCGACUCAUGUAGCUGUUCCUGCGGCGACUCCUGUAGCGGCUCUUGUAGCUGCUCCUGUAGCGGCUCCUGUGGCAGCUACGGUCCUGGAUAGUCCUCACACUGCCUCUAUGACUUCCCCGCUUCAGCCAUGACUGCUCUGGAUAACAUGGGUGAAGGUUCAGUUCAAGAAGGAGGAAAAUCUCGUCUCUCAUUGCGUCAGAAUCGGAAACGCACGCUUAAUUCAGACAUUUCACCAGCUCCUGAACCUCGCACCAGUCACCGUUUUCGUACCUCCAGUACCAGUGAUACUGACGAUAGGAAUAAGACACCACCCAUGUUGCGAAAGAUGAGUCUAGGGAGAAAUGCAACCACCAGCAGUGGAAGACGUACAGCAGGGGGUUCCUCCCAGUCAUCAGCUGGUUCAGGGAGUGGAUUGGGAGAUGGCGUGUACGGAGGGGGCCGUGUGGCUGGAGUCUGCCCUCUGGCUAAUAUGGGUAAUACCUGCUUCCUGAACUCAGUGCUGUAUGCUCUAAGGUUUCUGCCAGGCUUCACCCAUGACCUUCAUCACCUUCAUAUGCAUUUACAGUCUGCUGGGGACCAAAGUGAUGGGAACUUGGAACAACGUAUUCAGUUUUUGUCCGAGUUGCAUCGGGUAUUUGUUAGUCUUGGCCAGGAGGAAAGGACUGGUGUUGACAACAAAAGAAUACCUGCUUUUCAGCCUUAUGAAUUCUUGGAAGCCCUAAGAGUUGUUAAUCCAAUGUUUGAGGGUAACCGGCAGCAAGAUGCUCAUGAAUUACUUCACUGCCUCUUAGACCAGCUGUGCCAUCUGCCACAAGACCUGCGGCAAGGAAAGCCAAAUGGAACUGCAGGAAUUGACUCGAGUGGACUGGAACCAGAGGACGAUAUAGGUCCACCAGAACCAAAAAGACUACGGAGGAGAUCGGAGAGAAUACAAGCUAUUGAAGAAGACUCGAGCAAGGCUGUUGAUGUUGUUGGAUCAAAAUUUGUUGGUCGCAUGUGCCUGGAAACUUGUUGCUCAGAGUGUGAACAAGUUACUGGUCGGGAGGAAAAUUUUCUUGAAGUGUGUGUGCCAGUUAAAACUAAAGCAGACUUCGAUGAGGAUGAGAAUGUGAGUGAGCCUCAAGUGUUUAUGUCAGCCCUGUGUGAGGAAGAGUGCUUACGAGACAACAACAAGUAUUGGUGCGACCAUUGCUUCCACCAUAAUGAGGCACGUCGCUCCGUCCACUAUUCCCAGCUACCACAUCAUCUUGUCAUUCAUGUUAAAAGGUUCAGCUCGUAUCAUAGAAAUAUGUUUACUGCCAAGUGCAGUGAAGCCAUGCCAGCACCUUUAGAGCUCUCUUGCUUCUGCCGGGGUUGUCUGUCGGAGCAAAUACGUAAGCAGUCAUUGGCCGAAGUAGGGCACGACGGCAAAGGGCCCAAGUCUAGCUCUAGUGUUAAAAUUGAGACUGCUGUGCAUCUGCCUUACCAUCUUACAGCUGUUGUUUGUCAUCUGGGUGCUACUCUUUCAUCUGGACACUACUUGUCGUUUGUUCGGCUUAGCGCUCUCCAUUCAUCAAAAUGUCCUGAGCAGCAGGUACAGCAGCAGCAGGCGCAAGCACAGCCCACCACCAGUGCCAAGGUGGAGUGUCAGUGGAUGAAAUGCUGCGGGCUGCAACUGGACCAUAUCCGUCCUCAGUCAGCUGUAAAUGGUCACUUUGAUUCUGAAGAAUGUAGUAACGUGGAAGAAGAAGAAAGCAUGUGGCUGGAAUGUGACGAUGACAAAAUAAAGUUGGUGAGCUCCUCUGAAGUUAGUGACAUGAUGCGAACUACUAUCACUACUCCGUACCUUCUCUUUUAUUCUCGGCUUUGAUUUCUCGGAUCCAGUUUUAAAAUAAAAAUUUUAAAGAGGAGCUUGUGAGAACUUUCAUUUUGAUCUCUUAAAAGACUGCAGUGAAUUUUUUUUUAUUUAUCUACAUAUGAAUGAAACAACUUAUUCAGUUGCUCAAAGGAAGCCAGAGCCUUUAAAAAAACCCUUGCAAACAUUUAAUCACUUUGAAUUCAUUCUCAUGUGAGAAUAGUGCCUGAAAUCCUUUAGUUAAUGAAGGAGAGUGAUGAGACUUCCAUCAGCACCCACUACCUCUUGUGUCAGGUAAUGUACAGAAAAAAUCACCUGUUCGCAUGUGAAGUGUGGAAGCAUAAUUUAGAUGGCUAAGCCAGACUAGAAUUACAAAAAGGAAAAUUUGCGAACUUGGGCAUAACCAGAAAAUUCUUGCUAGGAUUCCAGUUAUUAUUUAAGAAAUUGUUAACUGCAUAAAAGAGAAGAAAUUUACUGCAGGUUGGAACAUACCCGUGACAGCUUGAACUAUGAAAUUACCAGAAAUUUAGAACCAAGAAGGUGCUAUUGAGUAAAGCUUCGUAUAAAAUAUUGCAGUAUGAAUGGGUGCAUCUAUAAUGUGUUUAUAAUGGAAAUGAUUGUGUAGUAGCAUUAUGAAGAAAAAUGUUGCACAAUAAGAUAUGCUUUCUGAUAUGAAACAGAGGUUUGUAUACAGGAUAUUGUGUAAAUGAUGAUGUCUUUCACAUAAAUGGAAGCUUUGAAAUGUUUUGAUACAGUGUGCAGCAGUGUUAAAUGGUUCGUUCAUAUCUAGAAAAAAGUGUACAAGGUUUGCGUGGAAUGUGUUUAUAACUCAUUAUGUAACUGUUGUCACAACUUCCAGUGCAAGCUUUAUCUUGUUAUAAAUAUGGAGAGUUUUCUCAUGUAUAUGGAAAUGUUUCUUAAUAUAUUUUUAUAUUAAACUGACAUUUGAAAUUAGUGUAAUAAUUAUUAACUGUGAUUAAUAGGUAGCAUUUAUACAAUUUACAUUUUUACAAAAGAAAACUUGGUGCAAAGUUUGUGCCAGUACCUGUGGGUAAGAGGUACGGUGUCUACAUAUCAACUUAGGGUCAGGUUCUACUGUAGCUGUUAUUAUAACUUAAGAGGUUUAGGUCUCAACUGGGGACUUUAUGGCUUGGUAGAUUAGUAAUCCGUGACGCCAAUUUUGAUAUUAGCCAGAACUAAGCAAAUGAGAUACUGCUUUCAUUUAUAUUAUAUUUUAUGUAACUAUAACAAUAGUUUUCUCAUUGAGGAUGUGGUACUGUUGAAUGCGUGCAGUUUAAAUAAUCGGGUUAUGGGAUAAGAAAGUAUUCUUGAAUGCUGUUUAAGUUGAUACUAAUUGUUUAGAACGUAAAGAUUUCUUCCCAAAACAUACAUGGCAUAUUUGACAAAAAUAUUAUAAUACCUUACAGUACAUUUUAUUUUUACCUGAAAAUGGUGUGGAGGAUCAUUAAUUAGGCUCACCCCUCCUAAACUAUACCAAAGCUAAUACAUGCUCCUGAACAUCGGCUAAUAUCUAAAUACUGUAUUAUUAAUACUUCAGCAUAUGUUGACCUUUUAUUGACAGAAGUGUUUACUGUUAUUAAUUCUGAAAUUAUUGUUAUGUUAAUUCUGUACUAUGAGGCUUUAGUUCAGGGUAAUAUUUUGUACAGGAAAUGUUUGACAAUAUUAUUAGGUCUAAUGAACAUAAUUAUUACUUAUUUAUGGAUCUGUUUUAUACUGUUCAUAAUGAACUUGAUUAAUAUUUUUUACGUUAUAUUAUUUUUAUUUAUUAUUCUGCUACAAAUGAAUUUUUGUGGAAACUAAUGUGAUAAUAACUUUUAAAAGUGUCAUCCAAAUUAAGACAUUUUUUCCCUCUGACUACUGUAAAUGUGCCGUGUAUUCUGGCACGUUUAUCCCCUCGUGUCACCAAUAUUAAAAACACAUCACCAAUAUUCCAUACACACCAUUGCCAUUUAUCACCAAUAUUAAUCACACUCAUUACCAUUUGACACCAUUAUUUAACACAUCGUCACCAUUUGGCAGCAAUAUUUAAAACACAUCUUCACCAGUAGUCACAGAUAUUAAACACAUUUCAUGGCCUAUGCUUCAUCAGUGUAGCAAGAUACAGCAAAGUAAAAGAAUAAAUGCAUUGCUUGUUUAUUAUAACUGAGCCAGAGAGGAGGAGUGGAGUAGGGAAGAAAUAUGGACAAAUAUGAACAUAAGAUGUGGUGGGAGUAUGGAAGAUAACGUUAUGGAAUUCCGUCUCUACAAAUUUGGCAUUCUUUGUGAAUUGCUUCAACUUAAUAUAAGUUUUCAAGUACAGUAUUCCCAUUCCAAGUGUGAAUGUUGCAACUUGGAGGCCAAAGUUGGCUUAUUUCAAAUAAGAGUAUUUUUUUUUUUUUGUUACAAGAAUGUAAAAAAAGAAGAGGUUGCAAAAGUGCUGAAAGCACUGGACUGUAUCAAAUACAGUAUUACAGAAGUGCUUGUUUGCUACUUAGAGUUUGUAAAUUAUAUACUGUACCCCAUAUAUCUAAGCCUCUACUUGAAGCACGUGGCUGAAUACUGGGUUGGUGAAGCACAUUGCUGAACACUGGGUGGGUUAAGCAUGUGGCUGAACACUGGGUUAGGGAAAUACAUGGCUGAACACUUGAUUAAGUCUUAAAGGCUUUAAAAUAAAAGCUUUCUAAUGUAAAAUCAUUACAACAUGUGUAAACAAAGAAAGUUGAUUUAAAGGGUAAGUUGAGAAAAUUGUUGGGAAAGUAAUGACAAAAAAGAUAGCUUUCAAAGCUUAUGUCGUGUGUCAAUUCUGAGAGACUUAAAAACUUGUUAUCCAUGGAAUUCUAGUGUGAAAAUUUGUGGUAGAUUGUUGUCUUGCUGGCGAGAUGUUUAGUAUGGUAUGGCAAGUUUUAAUUUUCUGUUGGUGUAAUUACGAUUAUAUGUGGUAGUAUAUUUUUUCAAAAUAUGUUGGUUGUAUGCCAGAUAAAGGCAAUUCCUUCACAGUAUGUUAGUUAUACUUUGUAUAUUAAAUCUUCUUGAACGUGAGAUUAAAAAUUUUUGAGUGCCAAAUUUCUCAUUUGAAUUUCUGAUUUGGUAUGAGUGCUAUUUACAUAAAAACAAAUUUGAUUGAGGCAUCUAAAAUUUGUAAUAAGGCUUCUAGAUGAGAAAAUCUGCCCCCUACCCACCCCCAUCUCUCAACAGCAGAGUACGAGUAACAUCAUAUUUCUGUCAUUACUGCCGUAAUGUUAUUUGUGUUCUCAGUUUAAAAAUGUGAGAAUGUUUUUGAUGCUGUAUUACAAAAGUUAAUAUAAUUAAUGGUCUCUAAAAAAAUUUA